AUGCCCAACACAAGUCUGCGGAGGCCCCAAAAAGGCUUUCGUCGGGGCGGCAACACUGCGUAUCAUGGCCACAGGACCCGUACCUUUGCCGCAACUUCAAGAGCAGAAGGAACGUCUGCUGACGAGAAGUGGGAACGUAUCCGACUUGCCCAAACCAUUGACGAAAACUUGGGCUUCACAAGAUAUGAUGGCGGAAAGAGAAGGGAAGGCUGGCUCGUCAAUGUUCAACCAACUUCAAUAGAAGAUGAAAGGAUACCUGGCGGCCGCGCUGCACUCGAUUGCUACUUUAUAGAGCAUGACGGAUCUACGUUCAAGGGCACUGUUGAAUACGAUCCUUAUUUUUUGGUUGCCGUCAAGAAGGGCCACGAGUCUGAAGUUGAGGAAUGGAUCAAACGAGUACCUGGAGAUGGCGUUGUCAAGUCUAUUCGGCGAGUGGAAAAGGACGACUUGAGCAUGCCCAACCACCUGCUUGGUUAUCGACGCACCUUUCUCGAAUUAAGGUUUGCCAAUGUCAACAACCUCAUGGCUGCCAGAAGGGACAUCAUGCCAGUGGCAGAGAAGAACAAGAAGAACAUGAAUGCCAUGGAUGCAUAUGCUGAGGUCGCUACUGCGAGUGUUAACUUUGAUCUUUUUGAUGACGACUUACGAAAUGAUGAACGAGGCAGCGCUUCAUUUACCGAGGCUAGCGAUCAUAUAGUGGACAUGCGAGAAUAUGAUGUGCCAUACCACGUGAGGGUGAUGAUAGAUCUAGACAUUAGAGUUGGAAAAUGGUAUUACGUCGAAGUCAAGCACGGUGUAACGAAAAUAAUUCCUAAUAAAGAGCGAUCAUUGCCAGCAGAUCCCGUUGUCCUGGCAUUCGACAUAGAGACAACGAAACUUCCGUUGAAAUUCCCCGAUGCAGCGGUGGACCAAAUUAUGAUGAUUUCUUACAUGAUUGACGGUCAAGGAUUUUUAAUCACGAAUCGAGAAAUUAUUUCGGAGGAUAUUGGCGACUUCGACUACACCCCAAAGCCUGAAUAUCCUGGACCCUUCAUGAUAUUCAAUGAGCCGGACGAAAAGGCUUUGAUCGAACGCUUUUUCUUGCAUAUAAAAGAAGCCAGACCUACAGUCAUUGCCACUUAUAACGGCGAUUUUUUCGAUUGGCCUUUUGUGGAGGCUAGAGCGAGCGUGAAUGGCAUUGACAUGUACCAAGAAAUCGGCUGGAAGAAGGACAACGAGGAUCAAUUCAAAUGCGCCUAUGGUGUCCACAUGGACUGUUUCCAUUGGGUUAAUCGUGAUUCUUACUUACCACAAGGUUCACGUGGCCUCAAAGCUGUCACAGUGGCCAAACUGGGAUACGACCCUGAUGAACUUGAACCGGAAUUGAUGACGCCGUACGCCAGCGAACGACCCCAGACUCUAGCCGAAUACUCGGUGUCCGACGCCGUUGCUACCUAUUACCUUUACAUGAAGUAUGUCCACCCAUUCAUCUUCUCGCUUUGUACAAUUCUCCCCAUCGGUGGGGACGAUACCUUGAGGAAAGGCACUGGUACCCUGUGCGAGAUGUUGCUCAUGGUCCAAGCCUACCAGAAGGAAAUCAUUUUACCAAACAAACAUCAGUCACCCAAGGAGGCAUUUUGGGAAGGUCAUCUCUUGCACUCGGAGACAUACGUGGGGGGUCAUGUCGAAAGUAUAGAGGCUGGCGUUUUUCGGUCCGAUAUACCUGUCGAUUUCGCUGUUGAUCCUGGAGCAGUUGAUGAGCUUCUGCGUGACCUCGAUGCUGCUUUACAGUUUGUCAUUACUGUCGAGGAGAAGAAGUCGCUGGAUGACGUAGAAAACUACGAUGAGGUCAAGCAGCAAAUUGCUGCCCGACUGAGAAAGCUGAAAGAAACACCAAAUCGACAUGAACGUCCCCUUAUCUAUCACUUGGACGUCGCAUCCAUGUACCCCAACAUCAUGACCACAAACAGACUCCAACCUGAUUCCAUGAUUUCAGAAUCCGACUGCGCAGCAUGUGAUUUCAACCGACCUGGAAAGACUUGUGACAGAAGGAUGCCCUGGGCUUGGAGAGGAGACUACCUCCCUGCAAAAAGAGACGAGUACAACAUGAUUCGGCACGCCUUGGAAAAUGAGAAGUUUCCGGGCAAGGCACCUCACGCUCCGCCGCGCACAUUUGCUGAUCUGAGCGCCGACGAACAAGCUGGGUUGGUCCGAAAACGUCUGCAGCUUUACUCGCAAAAAGUGUACCACAAGAUUCACGAUUCCACCGCCAUCGUACGGGAGGCCAUCAUCUGCCAAAGAGAGAAUCCUUUUUACAUUGAUACUGUGCGAGACUUCCGUGACCGAAGAUACGACUACAAGGGAAUGGCAAAAGUGUGGAAAGGCAAGGCGGAUUCGCUCAGGUCAUCUGGUGCAGCCUCUAGCGACGUGGACGCCGCCAAAAAAAUGAUUAUCUUGUAUGAUUCGCUGCAACUUGCUCACAAGGUCAUUCUGAAUUCCUUUUACGGUUAUGUCAUGAGCAAGGGGUCACGGUGGUACUCUAUGGAAAUGGCUGGUGUUACUUGCUUGACCGGGGCUACCAUCAUUCAACUGGCGCGCCAGCUUGUCGAGAGACUAGGUCGGCCUUUGGAACUAGAUACGGACGGCAUCUGGUGUAUGUUGCCGGCAACAUUUCCCGAAAACUUUUCCUUCAAGUUGAAGAAUGGCAAAAAAAUGUCCAUCUCUUACCCCUGCGUCAUGUUGAACCACUUGGUUCAUGACAAGUUUACGAACCAUCAGUACCAGACCCUCGUCGAUCCAAAGACAUUUAAAUACGAAACCCACAGCGACAACUCCAUCUUCUUCGAGGUUGACGGCCCUUACAAAGCAAUGGUCCUGCCGACAUCGAAAGAAGAGGACAAGAACCUGAAGAAAAGAUACGCAGUGUUCAACGACGACGGUAGCCUCGCAGAGUUGAAAGGGUUUGAGGUGAAACGACGCGGAGAGCUCAAGCUCAUCAAGAUCUUUCAGCAGCAAAUUUUCAAGUUUUUUCUGGAAGGAGAGGACUUGACCCAAUGCUACACCGCUGUUGCCAAGGUAGCCAAUCGCUGGCUUGAUGUGCUGCACAAUAAAGGAUCGACCCUGGCUGAUGAAGAACUCAUGGAGUUGAUUUCGGAAAACAGGAGCAUGUCCAAGACUUUGGCGGAGUACGGUAGUCAAAAAUCAACCAGCAUCACUACUGCCAAGCGUCUGGCCGACUUUCUGGGUGAACAGAUGGUCAAGGACAAAGGGUUGAACUGCAAAUUCAUUAUCUGCGCGAGGCCCAAAAAUGCACCAGUCACUGAGCGUGCCGUUCCCGUCGCCAUCUUUUCCGCCGAGGAGUCGGUCAAGCGGACGUACCUGAAGAAAUGGCUGAAGGAGGAACCUGCUGAUACCGAUCCGCGAGCACUGCUUGACUGGGAUUACUAUCUGGAGCGCCUGGGAUCCGUGAUUCAAAAAUUGAUCACGAUCCCAGCGGCUCUGCAGAAAGUCCGCAAUCCGGUGCCUCGAGUGCCUCACCCUGACUGGCUCCAAAGGCGUAUCAACAUCAAAGAUGACAAGAUGAAGCAGAAGAAACUGACGGAUCUGUUCACCAAGGAGCCGCUGGGAGACAUUACCAACCUCAACGGGUCCCGAGUGGAUGAUCUGGAGGAUUUUGGCAGCAAGCUUCUCAAGCCAAGACAGAUAAACGAAGUCAUAUCUUCGUCACAACCGCUGCCCGCAGUACACAAACGCAAGUCGCCCGAUUCAGUCGAGAACCCCGAUCCCAUGGCGAUGCUGCCCAAGGUUAUGCCCAGCGCUUCGGAGGACUAUCCUUCUUUCUUGAGAUAUCAGAAGAAGAAAUGGGCUCUGCAGAAGCAGGCUCGUGUUCGUAGAAGACAGCUUUUCGGGGACAGGAAAGGCCUCACGGGAGGCAAUCUGCGACAGACUUUUAUGAAACAGGCACACAUAACGUUCAUGAACACGUGGCAGCUGCUUCAUCUCCAGCCCACGGAUACCCCGGGUGUUGUAACGGCUCAUGUUCUGAUCGAUGCGAAGAUCCAUACUCUCAAAGUCAAUGUCCCCCGUCAACUCUUCUUUAAUCUCAAGAGCACUGAGCUGCCUGAUGUCGACAUUCCCGGCUGCGAAGUGGAACAGGUCAAUCAUACGCUUCCGAACGGCCAUGCCUCAAGUCAUCUUUUCAAACUCACAGUGCCGGAGGACGUUUAUUUCAAUGAAGCCGCCAAGUUUUCCGCGCUGUUCAACCACCCCGGCGUGGAAGGUGUGUACGAGAAGCAAGUGCCUCUGCAUAUCAGGGCUGUCCUCUGCUUGGGCAAUCAGUGCACAAUUGACGACCAGCAACAUGCCGUGCUGGGCAAAGGCUUAGAGCAGGGCUUCGACCUGUCUGGUUUGAAGCGGCCUGCCAAGGCUGUGACUUACCUGGAAUCUUCACCACUGGCGUACAUCUACAUCUCUCACAUUACAGCCGGGGAGCGUCAAAUCUUUGGCAUAUUCUCCACGACGUCUAGCCAAGGCCACAUUGUCAUGCUGCAGAAGAAUAAGGACUCUGGCCAGGAUCUGCCCAACGUGACGAGAAUGUACUCGGAGAUGCUGGUCAAAAGAGCACAAGAAGCAGCCGGCACUAACUGGCAGGACUGCUUCAGCUACCAAGAGAAAGUCACAUUCAAGAUUACCCAAGUCUCGACCCGCCGAAAGGUGCACUUGGAGAUUGGCGACGUGGUUAAGAAGAUGCGCAAGGAUGAAUCGCGGCCUCAAGUACUGGUGUUACAAUCCUCGCAGCGUAACCUGCUGGUUCACCACGUCCCCGUCUUGGGAGAAUUCCCUGUUUUGCCGCUCAAGUACGAUACGACAGACAGCUUACUCCCACCCCUGGGCUGGCAAGGGGUAGUAGCACGCCGCCUGAUCGGACAUUACCUGGGACUGGGCUCAUGGAUCUUGCACCUCACGACUUUGGCUCGCUAUGGAGACGUUCCGUUGUGUAAUCUGGAGCGGGAGGAUCCUCGAUUCCUGAUUGAUGUCGCGUACGCCCGUCGACUGCAAGCAAACGGAGUAGUUCUCUGGUGGUCGGCUGGUCCCCGGCCAGACCACGCUGGAUACGAGAAAGAUGAUGUUCUGGGUCCUCUCGAAACAGUCAAGAUGGCCAACGUCAACAAUCCGGGUACGUUCGCUUCGGUGUGUAUCGACCUAGAAAUACGGAAUCUGGCCAUCAACACCAUCCUCACGUCGUCACUCAUCAACGAACUGGAAGGUGCAGACUCGAUUUCUCUCAACCCGUCUGCGGAAGGGUCUGGAGUGCUGGCUUCGGACAACGCAUUUGCCAACGCGGGCGUGCUUGUCCUGCGUGAGAUGGUCAAGUCCUGGUGGGCUGAGGCCUGCAAGGGCAGUACCAUGGCGGAUGUGCUGGUGCAGCAUCUUGUCCGAUGGGUGGAGAAUCCCGAUUCCUUUAUGUAUGAUCGAGCGCUGCACUACUACGUGCAGAUGAUGUCCCGCAAGGCGUUCCAGCAGCUCAUGGCGGACUUCAGGAGAGUCGGGUCUCAGGUAGUGUUUGCAAACGCGAACCGGCUGAUCCUCCAGACAACAAAGGCCGAAGUAGGCAAUGCUUUUGCCUACAGCCAAUACAUCAUCAAGUCGAUCAAGAGCAAGCCUCUCUUCCACUUUAUCGACCUCGACAUCAAGGAGUACUGGGAUUAUCUGGUGUGGUACGAUGAGUUCAACUACGGAGGCAAGGCAUGCCAAGAAGUUGUGGAGGCGGACGAGCAAAACCUGGAGACAAUCAUGCACUGGCAAAUGACGACAUUUCUGCCCGCGCGGCUACAGGCGACCUUCCAGGAGUGGGUCAUUGCUUUUAUACAGCUCAUGCACAGUCUCAAGCGACAGGCGAACGACGAUGGCGACGCCUCGACUCCUCGCCUGACCCAGUUACCCAACCGCGACACGGAGAAUGGACAAGGCCAAGUCGUUUUGGCCAAGUCGUUUGCAAAGCCGCUGAAGAGGGCGAUUGCCAGCCUCAUCAGUCAGCAAAAGAGAGAGCUUCUGCAUCCGGAGCUGGCGCAGGAUUACAGCUUCCCAGACUUGCCUGGCUCGCACUUGCCGGCGAGCAACCCUGUCUUGGAGCUGGUCAAGUCGCUCAUGCAAGUUCUCUCCCUCGACAAGAACAUCACGCUGGAAGCGCGUCUCCUGCGCAAGGAGCUGCUGGCGCUGUUCGAGGUGCGCGAGUUCUCCAAGGAAGGGGCCUUUGCAAACCCGUCGGAGAGCCUGAGGCUGGUGCAGGUCUCGUGCGACAGCUGCACCAUGGCCCGCGACCUGGACCUAUGCAGGGACGAGGACUUGUGGAGCGACGGCGGCCGCAGGUGGCGGUGCGGCUUCUGCAACACCGAGUACGACCGGGUGGCCGUUGAGGAGAGGCUGUUGGGCAUGGUCGAGGCCUGGGCGGUGGAAUGGGCAACGCAGGAUCUGCAGUGCGCCCGCUGCCAGGCCCUACGAGUCAACGACCUGAUGGAGUAUUGCACCUGCAGUGGAGAGUGGAAGGAGAAGGUGUCAAGGGAUGACACGGUCAGGAAGCUGACAGUCAUGAGGAGGGUGGCAAAGUAUUACGGGCUGAAGAUGCUUGGCGAUGUGGUGGCAGGCUUGUUUUCAGAUGUUUGA